AUGUCGCUUCCUGAUGAUGAAAACUACCCAAGAACUACAACUACUUCUGCACAGUCCUUUCUUUCCUGUGAAGCAGAGUUACACUCGGUCUCCACGCACACUACGGGGCAAAAGCGAACAGCAAUUCCGCUGUUACACACUGAGUGCUGGGCCGCUGGGCUGAGAGGCCCGGCCCGCUGCUGGAGAGGGCAGGGAGGGGAAGGGGAGACAAGGAGGGGGGAUUACCUGAGCAAAUUGGCGUCUGAAUCCAACGAGAAUCCGAGAGAGGGGGAGAGAAAUCCGCCCCCCUCCCUCCUCAGAGGAGCCGCCGCCGCCGCUGGGCCGCCGCCGCCGCCGCCGAGAAGGAGGAGGAGGGGAGAUAAUAUAACAACAAUAAUCCGGGCCGGGAGGGGGGCUGGCUCCUCUUCCGUCUCCUCCUCAGUGCAGCGAACAUGUAGAGCCGGGGGGUGUGCGGCCGAGGCAAAUCCCUUCCCCCCGAGCCUGCUUCACAACAUCAACACGGGCCGGGCCGCGCCACGCCGAACCGGUUCCGAGCCGCGCUCCGAGCCGGGGAGAGCGGAGGGUGGCCGAGGGGCAGCGCUGCCAAGGGGCCGCCGCCGCCGCCGCCGCUCCCUCCGAGAGUGCGAGGGCAGGAGGGCGGGGAGGAGCGGCUUGGGCACGGUGAGUCGGUACCGAGCGGGGGGGCAGGGGGAGAGAAGGGCGAGGAGAAGGAGGAGGGGGAAGGAUCCUGUGUGUGUCUCUCUCGCUCCCUCUCAGAACAAAAUGCCGACCGGAAGUGCAGCGGCAGGAAUGACUCCCUCCACCGGCGCCAAACACCAGCAACCUCCCCCUUCCCUCCACUGCCUCCUCCUCGCCCGGUCGCUCCCUCGCUCCACCAGCGCCGCUUCCGCCGCUGCAGCUGGAGGGGAUCCCUUACCUCGCCUCUCCCGACACAGCCUCGCCUGUGUAGCUCCUCUCCCUUCCAUACCCCUCCGGCUGCUGCACGACUUUCUUAUUUUUCUUUUUUUGUUUCCCUCCUCCCCCCGCCUUUUGGUGCGAGGAACGAGACCGAAGUUUACGCUUAAGCCUGCGCUGAGGAUUUAUGAAGGGACCGCUGGAAAAAGAAUACACGUUUUGGUGUUUAUUUUUUUGUUCUCUCUAAGCAUGGUGGUAAGGACGAGGAGGAGGACUGCAAAAUGCUGCCUCGCAGGAGGCAGACCAGGAAAGGGGCCUUAAACUGAACCCUCAAAGGCAGCACCCCUGCGGGUGGGACACUCGCUGGAGUUACUGUCGUCGCUCAUGCCCUUUCCCUGUGGAUGUGAAAGGCCGCGCCGCAGGAACCGAAACACCCGCUGCUCAAAGCAUUGCCGGGGCGAGGGAUUUCCAGAUGGACAUACGGAACGGGAGUGGCUUUCAAAAACGGGCUCUUUGGACAAGCACUGGGGAAAAUACUGAUGUUCAGGUGAAAUGGCCUUCGCUGGAGGCUGAGGCUCUACCGCCACCAGAUUUACUGGAAAUAUUUUAAUUGUUUUUGUGAAGGAGCGUUUGGAGAAAGAGCAUGUCCUAAUCUGAAAGAUUUUGGUGUUCCUCUGCACAGCUGGACAUGUGGUGGAAAUUUGCUUCUCAGCACAGCCACAGGACAAAUAGCAGUGCAUCUACUUUGUCAGGACUUUAGAAGAUGUGUGGGUGCACCAUUAGUGAACCAGGAAGCAUUAUAAAUUUGUCACUGAUUUAAUUUCACACAGACUUGCAGUACUGUGCAUUCUGAAGCACAAAGCCUUUUCAAAACUUUUGUUUAAACUUUUGACAGGGACAAUAACUGCUCCAGUAAACUGAGCUGUUGACCUGGAGAAGCUCAAAUUAAAUACAAAUAAAUGUCUCUGGCUAGAUGAUGAAACUUUAAAAUCACAUCAAAAUGAUCUAUUUAUGAAAAAUGUCCUUUUCUGGAUCCGAUAUACUUAAAUUCCCAUUUUAGAUGUUCACAUUCCUGUAUUUAUCUUCCCACUAUUUUAAAAUACAUGGUCAGCUUCCUUAAGUUUCGUAAAUGUAAUUCAUCUUAUAGAAGAAACACACCAUAGAAAAUUUUUGCCUCAGAGGUAUACAUUUGGAAAUAACACACUAUUAAAACUUAAAGCUUAUACAUAAGUGGAAAUAAUUUUAAAAUCAUGAUGAUAAUGAAAGACAACUAGUGUGCACAGCAUUGUUAAUUUGUAGUUCUCAAUUAUUAUUGUACAUUUUGUAGGUUUGCCAACUUUUUCUCUUUUUCUACUGUUGAUUGCAUUCCAGUGCAAGUACUCAUAUGUAAAAUGAUAGAGUGACUCUCCCGAAGAGGCUGUUAUCUGUACACAUGUGCUAUUGCUAGUAUGUUUUCCAUGCUGGGUUCAAUUUAUUAACAUGGUCUUAUUAAUUUAUUAUCCUUAAAAUUGCUGUUAGAUAAAACAUACUAGAGCUAAUUGUCAUACAGUGCUCUUCAACAUCACUGUAAGAAGUAGUUUAACUUUCUGGGAAAAAAAGAACCAGUUUCCACAAGAACAUGGGUGUAUGUCACCGCCAAAAACAAAGACACAUGUGGUUGUCACAUGUUUUGUUGGAUAUUUGAGGAUAGGUGUGUUUCAGACAAAGAGAUGUAAAAUGCCAUAGAACCAGAUGCAGAGAAGAUACAGAAACCCAUACAGUGCUGUGCAGUUACUGGGAAUGUAGCUGUAAGAAAAGCAGAGCAGGAGAGAUUCAAGAUGACUAUCUGCCAAAAAGGAGCUGAGACUUUGAGUGAAACGUUGACAUGGUUUCAUAGGAAAAGAAUGUACACACAAUCUUUAUAAACAGAGUGCAUCAAAACAUCUGAUGCCAUCUAUUUUCUUGACCAGAGACACUGCACUAAUCGAGUCAAAUUAAGAAUACAUUGCCAAUUUUAAAGACAGUUGCCUUCUAAAUAGAUCCAUAAAAUACAAUAACCUGGCAGCAUUCAAAAUAUGCCAUUCCUGUCAGGCAAAUAUGUGCAUGUGCACCACAAAAUACCCUAUAUACUUUCAUUCACUAGACUUUUCCCCUAAACUUACUCAUUACUUUCAUACCUUCUAUUGUUGUUUGUCCUAAUUUCCAGACGUUUUUUUGUUUGUUUGUUUAUUCCAGGCUAUACUAGUGAUUACUCUCCUCUGGUUAAAGUGCUUUUUUCCUCCUGCAUUUCCUUGGGCAAUGUUUAUCUUUUCUCUGCCAUUAGGCUGUGCUUCCCCUAAUGUUUUGGACUGUUUCCUUCUUACUUGCUCCCAAAGGUUAGAGGCAGCAUAUAAAAGCCUAUACUUUCUUUAUUUUUCUAUUUUGAUUUUUCUCCAUUGGCAAAAUAAUCCAUGAUGUUAAUCUCUAUCUGCUCCACUUAAAGAAUCACUGGCUUAAAAAGAGGAUAUCUCUAUAAAAAAAUGAUCGUACUGGGUUUGUUUUUUUCUUAGAAAUCAUGUUUACAUAAUAGCCCAAUGGCCAGAGAAGCAAAAGAAGAGUACACUGUAAGAGUAGAAAGUGAAUUAUAAACUGACUUUGGUGAGUGUGCAAUUUUAAUACUGUAGAAAAGGAAUUUGUGAUUGAAUUAUGUUUAGAUAAAAAGUUCAGUUAAAUAAGGGAUGAUCUGCUGGCAAAGAGAAUAUUUGCAAAAGCCAUGCUAUAAAUUUGUUUAAAUUAUAAGAUAGCACAGAAAGUACUUACAUGAAAAAACUGUUAUAAGUAUGCAGAGCUGAAAAUAGGAUCUUUCCUUUUUAAAUUUUUUUCAGACCAAAUUUCAUUUAGAUUAUUGUCUCAAUGUGAGUGAACUGUCUAAAUUGUGAGUGCAAUUUUUUAAAAUUAAAAACCUGUAGAUGUUUUGCUGUA